UCAAAAUUAAACUUCACAUAUCGCAAGUUCAUAAUUUACAAAUCAUUUCGGAUUCGUCGAUUCGGGCUUCGAAGACGCUUUCGAAUUAUUGUUUCAUGAUUGAGUUGUCCGUCCUCCGUACUCUCAAAAAUUUAAAGCAAUACAUUUAAACCCUUUCGCGUUUUCCUUCUAUUUAAAAAGUUGCUGUUUACAUCAUGGAUAAUAUCAAAAGUGGUGAUAAUGUAUUGAUCGUAUGGAGUAACAGUGAACCUAAUAAAAUAAGCGAAUUAGUAAACAAAAUUCAAGGUUUAGCAAAUACGUCUGUGGUUCUUGAAAAUUCUUCUAUGAUUACAGAAGCUUCUAGACCGUUCUCUUCGUUUGAUAUAAUAUUAUCGAAUUGGAUAAUACCACACUCUGUUGACCACAAUGAUAGUCUACUUGCAAUAUUAAUUAAGCUCUUGAAGCCCAGUGGAAAACUUAUUUUAAAAGACACAAAAGAUAUCACUUUAAAUCUCAAGUUAAACGGAUUUAUAAAUGUUACAAAAGGGCGUGAUAACCAGUAUUUAGCUGAAAAACCUAAUUUUGAGGUUGGCUCUAAAGCAUCACUUAAACUCAGUAACAAACCAGCAGUGUGGAAAUUAGAUGAAACAAUAGAGGAAGCAUGGACAGGAAAGAAUGAUGAUGAAAUAAUUGAUUCUGAUAUGUUGCUCGAUGAAGACGACCUUAAGCGUCCUGAUCAGCAGUCAUUAAGAGUAUGCUCUACAACCGGGAAAAGGAAGGCAUGUGCGGACUGCUCUUGUGGCUUAGCUGAAGAGUUACGAGGAGAGACAAAAGAUACACCUAAAUCCUCAUGUGGAAGUUGUUAUCUAGGGGAUGCUUUCCGUUGUGCAACAUGUCCAUACCUUGGUAUGCCAGCCUUCAAGCCCGGUGAAAAAGUGAUCUUGGAUCUUAAGUCGGAUAUAUGAAUGUUUUUAGUUAUAUUAAAUAACUUAUACGCUUGAUAUUUUAUGUUGUGAUUAUAUAAAUAAAUAUUUCAAAAUCA